GCCCUUCCUGUCCUUUCUCUCCCACACUGCCAGGAGCUCUGAACCUGUCUCCCUACUUGGAUCUUUCAGGGUGCCCUGGGUGGAGUCAAUAGGGUCGCUAUACUCUGAUCCUGAUAAGGCUGAAGGAGCUGCUGACCUGGGAUGUCCGUGUUCCGGCUGGGUGACCAUGUGUGGCUGGACCCUCCCUCCAGCAACAAGACUGGUGUGGCCAUUGGAGGCAUUGUCAAAGAAACAAAACUGGGGAAGACCUUGAUUGAGGAUGACGAGGGCAAGGAACACUGGAUCUCUGCUGAAGACCUCAGCACCCUCAGGCCUAUGCACCCCAACUCGGCCCAAGGAGUGGAUGACAUGAUUCGCCUGGGGGACCUGAAUGAGGCCGGUGUGGUACACAACCUCCUGAUCCGAUACCAGCAGCACAAGAUCUAUACCUACACGGGUUCCAUCCUGGUGGCGGUGAACCCAUUCCAGAUGCUGCCCCUGUACACCCUGGAGCAGGUACAAAUCUACUACAGCCGCCACAUGGGCGAGCUGCCUCCCCAUGUCUUUGCCAUUGCCAACAGCUGCUACUUCAACAUGAAGAAGAACAAGAGGGACCAGUGUUGCAUCAUCAGUGGUGAGUCUGGCGCUGGGAAGACCGAGACCACCAAGCUCAUCCUUCAGUUCCUGGCCACAGUCAGCGGCCAGCACUCGUGGAUCGAGCAGCAGGUCCUGGAGGCCAACCCCAUCCUGGAAGCCUUUGGCAAUGCCAAGACCAUCCGCAAUGACAACUCCAGCCGCUUUGGGAAGUACAUCGACAUCCACUUCAACUCUAGCGGGGUGAUCGAGGGGGCAAGCAUUGAGCACUUCCUACUGGAAAAGUCGAGGGUCUGCCGGCAGGCUGCGGAGGAACGGAACUACCAUAUUUUCUACUGCAUGCUGAUGGGGAUGAGCCUGGAAGAGAAGAACAUGCUGGGUCUGGGCAUGCCCUCUGAGUACCACUACCUGACCAUGGGAAACUGCACCUCCUAUGAGGGGCUCAGUGAUGCCAAGGACUACGCACACGUUCGCUCGGCCAUGAAGAUCCUCCAGUUCUCGGACUCGGAGAACUGGGACAUCAGCAAGCUGCUGGCAGCCAUCCUCCACCUGGGGAAUGUGGGGUUUAUGGCUGCCGUCUUUGAGAACCUGGAUUCCUCUGAUGUGAUGGAAACUCCGGCCUUCCCCUUUGCAAUGAAGUUGCUAGAGGUACAGCACCAGGCUCUCCGAGACUGUUUGAUCAAACACACAAUCCCUAUCCUUGGAGAGUUUGUCUCCAGGCCCUUGAACAUCGCGCAGGCUGCAGACCGGAGAGAUGCCUUUGUCAAGGGCAUCUACGGGCACCUCUUCCUGUGGAUCGUCAAGAAGAUCAAUGCUGCGAUCUUCACUCCCCAAGCCCAGGAUCCCCAAAAUGUGCGGAGGGCCAUCGGUCUCCUGGACAUAUUUGGCUUUGAAAACUUUCAAAACAACAGCUUCGAGCAACUCUGCAUCAAUUUCGCCAACGAGCACCUUCAGCAAUUCUUCGUGAAGCACGUGUUCACCAUGGAGCAGGAGGAGUACCUGUCUGAGAACAUCACUUGGAACUACAUCCACUACACGGACAACCAGCCCAUCCUAGACAUGCUGGCCCUCAAGCCCAUGAGCAUCAUCUCUCUCCUGGAUGAGGAGAGCCGCUUCCCACAGGGGACAGAUGUCACUAUGCUGCAGAAACUGAACAGCAUCCAUGCCAACAACAAGUCCUUCCUGAGACCCAAGAGCAUCCAUGACACCCGAUUUGGGAUCGCACACUUUGCGGGCGAUGUAUACUACCAGGCAGAAGGCUUUCUGGAGAAGAAUCGAGAUGUGCUGAGCACUGACAUCCUCAUCCUGAUUCACUCCUCAAAAAACAAGUUCCUGAAGGAGAUAUUUAACCUGGACUUACCACAGACAAAGCUGGGGCACGGCACCAUCUGCCAGGUGAAGACGAAGACAGGAGGCCAGAUCUUCAAGCCAUCAGACUCCACCAAGCGCUCCGUCACCCUCUCGAGCCAGUUCAAGCAGUCUCUGGAGCAGCUGAUGAAAAUCCUGACCAAUUGCCAGCCCUACUUUGUCCGCUGCAUCAAACCCAAUGAGUACAAGAAACCACUGCUGUUUGACCGAGAGCUGUGCAUUCAGCAGCUGCGUUAUUCCGGCAUGAUGGAGACCGUGCACAUCCGCAAGUCAGGCUUUCCCAUCCGCUACACAUUCGACGAGUUCUCACAGAGGUUCCGCGUGCUGCUGCCUAGUCCGGAACGUGUGCAGUUUCAAAACAAGCACCGCCAGAUGACCUCGCGCAUUGCUGACCUGUGCCUGGGGACGGACAAAGAGUGGAAAAUGGGAAAGACCAAAAUCUUCCUGAAGGAUCAUCAGGACACAAUGCUGGAGAUCCAGAGGAGCCAGGCCCUGGAUGGAGCAGCGAUCCGAAUCCAGAGAGUCCUUCGGGGACACAAAUACAGGAAGGAGUUCCUGAGGCAGAAACGGGCGGCUGUGACCCUCCAAGCAGUGUGGCGAGGCCAUAACCAAAGAAAGAAUUUCAAGCUGAUCCUCAUGGGUUUUGAACGGCUGCAAGCCAUUGCCCGGAGCCACCUGCUGAUGAGGCAGUUCCAGACCAUGCGACAGAAGAUAGUGCAGCUGCAGGCCCGCUGCAGGGGCUACCUGGUGCGACAGCAAGUGCAGGCCAAGAGGAGAGCAGUGGUGAUCAUUCAAGCCCAUGCCAGAGGCAUGGUGGCCCGGAAGAGCUACUGGCAACAGAAAAGCAGUGGACCUCCAGUCAUCCUGGCUAAGGAGCCAAAGGGCCAAGGUGUGGCCCUUGACAGGAAGCGUAAGUCCAUCUAUGACACCGUCACUGACACAGCAAUGGUGGAGAAAGUGUUUGGCUUCCUCCCAGCUAUGAUUGGAGGUCAGGAGGGUCCAGCCCCAACACGCUUUGAGGAUUUGGAAGUAAAGACCCAGAAACUUCAUGAGGUUGAUCUGGACACAGUGCCCAUGACGGAGAUGCCAGGAGAGGAUGUGGAUGGUCUGGCUGAGUAUACCUUCCCCAAGUUUGCUGUAACUUACUUCCAGAAAUCAGCCAGUCACACCCACAUCCAGAAGCCCCUUCGAUACCCACUCCUCUACCAUGAAAAUGACACUGACCACUCGGCAGCUCUGGCUGUUUGGAUCAUCAUCCUGAGGUUCAUGGGUGACCUUCCAGAACCACAGGCCUAUGGCAGGAGCAGCCUGACUGGCAGCUCAGUUAUGCGGCAGAUCCAUGACAGGCUGGACAAGGACAGUGUCACUCAGGGUCCACAGCACAACAGAUCCACACAGGUGGCCAGCCAGCAGAACAUUGGUGAAGAGGUGUUCAAGUUUGAUGGCCCUAUCUCAGACAGACCCAUGAGUAACUUGGAGAAGGUGCACUUCAUUGUGGGCUACGCCAUCAUGCGUCCUGGACUCAGAGAUGAAAUCUACUGCCAGAUCUGCAAGCAGCUCUCCGAGAACUACAAAACAAGUAGCCGGGCUCGGGGCUGGAUCCUGCUCAGCCUCUGUCUGGGCUGCUUCCCACCCUCAGAGAGGUUCAUGAAGUAUCUGCUGAACUUCAUUAGUCAAGGGCCAGCCAGCUAUGGGCCCUUCUGUGCCGAACGCCUGCAACGCACCUUUGCCAAUGGGGUGCGUGCAGAACCUCCCACCUGGCUGGAGCUGCAGGCUGUCAAGUCCAAGAAGCACAUCCCGAUCCAGGUCAUCCUGGCAACCGGAAGGAGCCUGACCAUCUCCGUGGAUUCUGCCUCCACAUCUCGAGAAAUCUGCCAGCAAAUUGCUCAGAAACAGGGCCUCAGGGACAAGCUGGGCUUCUCCCUCCAGGUCGCUGUAUAUGACAAGUUCUGGUCCUUGGGCAACAGCUGUGACCAUGUGAUGGAUGCUGUGGCCCAGUGUGAGCAACUGGCCUGGGAGAGGGGAGAGAGCCAGCGCCAGGCCCCCUGGCGCAUCUACUUCCGGAAGGAGUUCUUCACCCCGUGGCAUGACUCCCGAGAGGACCCCGUGAGCACUGAGCUCAUUUACCACCAAGUCCUCCGGGGAGUGUGGUCUGGCGAGUAUAACUUUGAGAAGGAAGAGGACCUGGUAGAGCUGCUAGCCCGGCACUGCUAUGUGCAGCUUGGGGCCACAGUGAAGAGUAAUGCUGUCCAGGAGCUGCUACCCAGCUGUGUUCCUUCCAAGCUGUACCGCACCAAGUCUCCAGAGAAGUGGGCUAGCCUUGUCAUCGCUGCCCAUGCCAAGGCCCCGUAUACCCAGUCGAAAGCCACACCAUUGGAGGUGAAGGAGCAGACAGUGGAGGCUGCCCGUCUUCUGUGGCCACUGCUCUUCUCCCGGCUAUUUGAAGUCACCACACUCUCCGGCCCCCGCCUUCCCAAGACGCAGCUGAUUUUAGCCAUUAACUGGAAGGGGAUGUACUUCCUGGAUCAGAAGGAGAGGACACUGCUGGGGUUGUCCUUCGCAGAGGUCAUGGGUCUGAUCGCCAACAGGGACGCCCCAGGUGGGAAGAGUCUGCUUCUGUCCACACUGCAUGAAGAGUACGAGUUCGCCUCCCCCAGCAGCGUGGCCAUUGCAGAGAUGGUGGCCUUGUUCCUGGCAGGCUUGAAGGAGAGAUCUGUGUUCGCCAUGGCCCUGCAGGACAGGAAGGCCACAGAUGAUGUCACCCUUCUGCCCUUCAAGAAAGGGGACUUACUGAUCCUGACCAAGAAACAGGGACUGUUGGCCUCAGAGAACUGGGUCCUGGGCCAGAACGACAGAACCGGCAAGACAGGACUGGUGCCCACGGCCUGCCUCUACACCAUCCCCUCAGUCACCAAGCCCUCAGCCCAGCUGCUGAACUUGCUGGCCAUGUCGCCAGAGAAACGGAAGCUGGCAGCCCAGGAGGUGCAGGCUUCGGAGCCACCGCUAGAGGAGCAGCUCACAGAGUUACCGUACACCCUGGAGGAGUUCUCCUACCAGUAUUUCAGGGCUCCAGAGAAAGAGACCAUCAGCAGGGCGGCGAUGCCCAUGGCCCGAAGCCGAGGCCAUCUAUGGGCCUACUCUCCCGAGCCGCUGCGCCAGCCACUGCUCAAAUCUGUCCACGACAAAGCCAAGCUUCGAGAUUCAGCCUGCCAGAUCUUCCUUGCCAUCCUCAAGUACACAGGCGACUACCCAUCCCGGCAGUCCUGGCACAGCCUGGAGCUCACAGACCAGAUGUUCUCGCUAGCCCUGAAGGAGCCAGCCCUUCAGGACGAGCUCUACUGCCAAAUCCUGAAGCAGUUGACCCACAACUCCAUCAGGUUCAGUGAAGAGAGAGCCUGGCAGCUACUGUGGCUCUGCACAGGCCUCUUCCCACCUGGCAAGGCGCUGCUGCCCCAUGCCCAGAAGUUCAUAGACUCCCGGAAGAAGAAGCCACUAGCUCUCGACUGCAGCCGCAGGCUCCACAGGAUUCUAAGGGUGGGACCUCGGAAGCAGCCCCCACACCAUGUAGAGGUGAAGGCCGCUGAGCAGAAUGUCUCCAAACUACACCAUGAGGUCUACCUCCCCAAUGACACCAAUAAGACCUUGGAGGUGAGCAGCAGUAGCCGGGUGCGAGACCUAUGUGAGGGCAUCGCCACUAGGCUCCAGCUGGCCUCCUGGGAUGGCUGCAGCCUCUUCAUCAAGAUCACAGACAAGGUCAUCAGCCUGAAGGAAGGAGACUUCUUUUUUGACAGCUUGAGGCAGGUAUCUGACUGGGUGAAGAAGAACAGGCCCCAGAAAGAAGGGGCCUCCACGACACUCCCCUACCAGGUGUUCUUCAUGCGGAAACUGUGGCUCAAUGUGACCCCUGGGAAGGACGUGAAUGCAGACACCAUACUCCAUUACCACCAGGAGCUACCCAAGUACAUGCGUGGGUUUCACAAGUGCUCCCGGGAAGACGCCAUCUACCUGGCAGGCCUCAUCUAUAAAAUCCAGUUUGGCAGCGAUCGAUCUCAAAUGGCCAGUGUCUCGAAGAUCCUGAAGGAGCUGGUACCUCAGAACCUCACACGCCUGAUGUCCUCAGAGGAAUGGAAAAAGAGCCUCCUUCUGGAAUGUGACAAACACAAGAAUAAGUCAGUGGCCGAGGCCAAGGUGGAAUUCCUGAAGCGGAUCUACCGAUGGCCUACCUUUGGAUCUGCCUUCUUUGAGGUGAAGCAAACCUCUGAGCCUUCCUACCCAGACAUCCUCCUCAUUGCCAUCAACCGACAUGGGUUACUGCUCAUCCACCCCAAGACCAAGGAACUGCUGGACACCUUCCCUUUCACCAAGAUCUCCAGCUGGAGUAGCGGCAACACCUACUUCCAUAUGGCCUUGGGGAGCCUGGGCCAGGGCAGUCGUUUGCUGUGUGAGACCUCUCUGGGAUACAAGAUGGACGACCUGCUCACUUCAUACGUACAGCAGAUCCUGAGUGCAGUGAACAAACAUCGGGGCUUCAGGGCCAACCCCUAAGGGGUCCCAUCUGCACCCAUCUUCCAUGCCGGCCUUCUACCCACUUCUCAGCAUGCCUGACUGCCCCUCCUGGGCAGUCCCUGCAGAAGCCAACCAAGGUCUCAAGCCUCCUGGCAGGUGGUGGGCAGCUCCCUGAAUCUGCAAUAAAAAUCCACCGAGCAGGA